CGUUUGUUAACCAUGCAAUGUAUCUGCACAUCAAAUCUAAAGAAUUGCUUGAAGACUGAUAAAUCAAAAUUUCAUGGCGCAUCACCUUCAAAGAUCAGCUCGCAAAUCUGCACAAAUUAUUGUAUAAAAAAGCGGAAAGAACGCAAGUGCAGAAAAACCACGACUUGUUGCCAUUCUCACGAAGAAUGUAGAUGUAAAUGGUGUGCAACACGCGACAAUUUUUCAAGAAUUAUUGAUAAAUGCAAGUGUGGAUCACAAGAAAGGUGUAGUAAUUGCGGUAAACUAAGAAAUCAAUGUUGCUGUGCUACAUUCACUUUAGUAAAGUGCCAUAAGAUCAAGGAAGCCGCCAAUCGCAAGAGGACAAUGAUUUGUCUAUACUGUGAUAAUCCUCAAGACAAAUGUACAUGCAGAGCACCAAUCGGAAAGUGCUUGUAUUGCGGAUUGCCAUCAGAUGUUUGCAACUGUCAAGGCGACAAGGGUCACGCUCGUGAUUCUGAACGGAUUGCUAAAAGACCGGAUGAGAAUCGAACGAUUUGCGUCACCAGCUGGAAACCAAAGAGGGAAAUCAGACGAUAUUUCGAAAGAAACUAUGAAGAUUUCGAGCCGUAUUCUACUAAGGAAUGUCAAUGCUGCAAAAAGGGACAUCCUGAGGAACUAUCUUAUCAACGGCUAAAUGUUUUCUCGGAAGUGAUGAAUGAACUGCAGCAGAAGAUGAGCGAGUCCGUAUGCUGCACACGAUGCUGGAGAAAUCCUUGUUGUUGUGGACUGCCGGUCGAUCAAGAUAAGAGAAAGGAAGAAAGGAAAGCCGAAAAUCGUCUCAAAAACGAGCGUAAAAGCACUACUGAAAAAUUGAUACCAAUUCGACAUAUUGGUUGCGUUUGUAAAUUAACACCGUGCAGAUACAAGAAAGAUAGAUCCAAUUGUAAGAGACCGCUGGCAAAAUGUUAUUACUGCAAGAGCUUGCCUUGCACUUGCAUUACUAUAAAAUAACCAAAGCCGUGCAGGUAUUCGAUGAUUCACCGAAUGAAAGCAAAGGCGAAAAGAAUUUUACCAAUUCGAGAAACAGACACAGGAAGGUGGAAAAGUAUCCCGUACAGUAAAGAAGUUCACAAAAUGACAAAAGCUGAAAAGCAGCCUGUAGAAGAAAGAAGUUCACAAAAUCUUGCUACUCGGACGAUCAGCUCCAGCCCCCCUACUCCAGUAGUGGGCACCUUAUACUGCAUAUAAGAUGCUGUACCCGCGUUGUACUAGACCGGUACCAGCUG